UCCUCUCGCUUGCUCUAUCCGAGUUCCCUUGCUCCAAUUCAAGUUUCACCGAGUAUUGCGGUGUUGACCGUCUGGUCUUGUCGGAUGCUUUUGCUCUACCCGUUCAAUUACGAGGCUGCCCCGCCGCCUAACUCCCAGCACUUAACCAACGCCAACAGCAUCAACUCAGCGGCCCUCCAGCGGGUUGAGCGCCACCUCAUCAGCAGCCUAAGUGUGCCCCUCGACGCCCUGGAAGUCCCGCCAGCAAGUACUGGUACUGGGCAUCGCUUAUUGAGUGCCUACAUCCACUAACGAUUCUCGUACCGCUACCUCAUGAGACCUUUUUUACAGUGAUCCACUUCCAUUUGCUCUAAAAGGCCCCGUUGAAAAGGGCUCCAGAGAGACGGGACCCUUGCCACGUUGACCAGGGGGUAUCUGGGGGCUUUUGAUGUCCUUCUGAUGCGCUUAGGUCUAAAAAAAAAAAGGAGCACCUGCUGCUUCCUCAAUACUCUACCACCACACACGUUUCGCCACGCACCAAAACAUCUACGACAACCACGACCUCGCUCGCGUACUUGCAUUCUUUUACAUCCACAUACAUCCACAAUCACCGCUUAUUUCGACUGUCACCGCAGUAGCUGUACUUGUCUUCCAAUACUUACUUACAACCUACGCGCCCUCUUUGAUCCUACAUCGUUUUGUUGCGGCCAUCGAGCCCACCAGCGCAGCGAGUUGUUCGACACGACCCUGCAGCUCUCACUCGCUUCCCCUGAUGACCAGCUUGGUACGAACGUUUUGACGAUUCCACGAUGCCCUCGCAUACCCAAUAUAAUAUAGACGAUUUCGACUGUACAUCGGCGACGACAUUAGUUGCUCAUUAUUAGCUCCAGCGAUUGGCGACGAAUCAGGAACCAUGGCCCUUUGGCCAUUCCGGCGCCGGAGUAGCCGCAAGCGCUCCCGCAGCGGCGCUGCUUUCUCAGAUGCAGAGGGCGCGCCGCUGCCUCACAACGAGGGACCCAAACUUGGUUUGAAGAAACGACGUACCGAACCGCCCAGACUUCAGCGAGCCGGUCGAACCUAUAGUUUCUCCCCGGGACGCCAGGAUGACAUUCGUACCGACCGAGACCGCGCUGGCUCGCCAGUUCGUGAACGAACAGGCCGAACAAGAACUACUGGCAACCUUGAAGAACGUCCCGAACUCUGGGAUCGCACACCCACGCUUCGUCCGACCCACCAACCAACAAGAAAGCAGAGAAGUAAGAGGAGGAAAGAAGAACGCAACAGAGAAGCCGAGAUUAAAGCAAUGAGUAGUUUUGCUCCAGUUCGGCCUGCUACGGAACAAUGGAAUUCAGGCCGGCCUAUGAAGAAAGAUUCCAAAAGAUCAAAAACCGGGGGAUUUGGAAGGCAUCGAGCUGGUCGCAACUCGGAUGUUUCACUUCCAGUACCCGGAUCAAUACACUCCAGUCUUUCGUCUGACUCGGAGUUUGGCUCGUAUAGAGUCUCUGCUCUUGCAGCUCUUGCACCUCGACCUACGCUUCGUUAUACCCCGAACGCCCGAUGGACGACUCCCCAUGUGCCUACACCUCAUCGGUCUGGAUCAUUAAGGAGGAAGCUUCUUGAGCAGGAGCCGAUUCCGGAAGAGACGAUGAGAUCGCAUAGGCGCAUCGAUUCCCUUGCUGACGACCUCGACGCCCGCGAUCUUAGGGAACUCAUGGAAAGAGAUAAUCGACGACGAGAACUGAAGAAGCAGAAAGAGAGACAAAGGAUGGAGCGACGGAUCACACAAAGGGCAGAGAAGCAACAAGCGGAGCAAAUGCAGGCCAGGAACACAGGCACUCCUCCGCCAGAGAAUCUUGAGAGAGGUGUCAUGGGCCGUGAACUUGUAGGGUUGGGGAUCGACCCUGCUUCCGCUGUUGUUACCGAAACAAAGCCCGAAGAUCCAGAGCCUAUGGAUAUUACUGAAGACGAAAGGGAAACCGAGUCUCCAAAGAAGGCCGAGGAGGUCUUUCAUCGCACAGACACAGCCGCCUCCGAGCAGCCAACGCCUAUGGAAGAAGCCAUUACAAAGGACACCACAUCGAUGCGUCAGCCCUCUGAAGACAUGGGAAGCGUUUCUCCCGGAACAAGAUUUUCUGAUCUUUUGAGAUCGGCUAAGUCGCGAUCCAGGUCGACGAUUCGAUCUGACCGAGAUAGGAUGGUUUCUCCGCCACCUGAGACCAUCAACGAGGAGGAUGUUCAUAUGCCCAGACAAAACUCUCAUGAUUCUGAUGGCGGCAAGAAUGGGUUUGCUUCUAUUAAAGCAUUCCUGAGAAUUGGAAGCAAACGGCAACGACGUGAAGGACCAUCGUCCUUUGCCAAUACCUCUCGGGAGGAGAUGCAGGCAGCCGCAGCUCAGUCAAGAGCACAGGCGCAAGCCUACGCCCUCGCUAAGCUCGAGGGCGAGGACUCGCCCAACUCUUCAAGCGGUAACUAUCUAUCCCGUAAACCAAGCAUUGGCGCCCCAAAGAGGACUCGUUCUCGCUUCCGGGAAGACUUACCUGAGUUACCUCUCUCACCGCCAGCUUCACGCGUUCAGUCGCCCGAAGCGGAACCCCCCAUGCCCAUCCUCACCGAACAAAAGAUCCGUGAAAUGGAGGAGUUGAGGUCCUUGGGCGUGCGCUAUGACACACCAACAUCGGGCCACCGAUCCGCCGAGGCCAUGCGCCGUACGCCGUCGACAGUAGAGCGCGCAUAUGUUUCACCAUCCCCGGAAGCUGGCAUGUCCAUGUCACUCGCCUCGAUUGACUCCGAAGGUUCCUGGCUUUCCGGUAAUGCCAGUGGCCGUCGAGCUGCCAUACGAGAUAGCAUUCGAAGGGCUAAUCAGCGUGAGCAAAACGACGCCCACACUGAUUCCCCAACGAACAGCACAGAAGAAAACUUGGAGAUCGUCGAGGAUGAAUAUUUAACGAAGCUCACUCCCCGAAGAAACUCGAAUCCUGAGUUCAUGGGUCGUCGUUCCGGUGAAGGACGUCCCAGCAGCGAUGAGGAAGAGUUUGCUAAUGAUGGAGAGAUGAAAUGGGGCGCUGUUGGUUCUCAGCCCCAAGUUGUGCACAGAUUCACCAUGAAGAGCCACGAGGGACUCUUGGAGCUUGAAUCUGAGGAUGAAGAGAGCCCGACAUCACCCGUAUCUCCAUCACAAGAGCUUGCCAACGUUCAGAGCGCUAGAAGCGUCAACCUGGGCAAAGGUCACGUUCGCAAUUUUAGCGCUGGAAGUGCUAAACUACUUGAUAUCACUCCUCGGCCAUCCGUUGAUGCCACAGGGAAUUCAGAGAGGCGACGAAGUCACGUCCAACCAGCCGUGUGAAAGCUAAACUAAUCUUGAUCGUUCAGAAGAAGAGUCUCGCAACUGAACGAAUGUCGACCAGAUGACACCUUUCACUCCUUUUAUUUCCUUACCGUCUCAACUAACCUAAGUCACUCAUUUCACAUUUCCUUAUCACUUCACUAUUCUUAUCAACAACGGAAAAUGUACCAAAAAAAGAGGAAAACAACAAAAUUAGCGAAGACUCUUCUUAUGACGACUCAACACUCUUAUAAUAGCUUAUCACAUGGACGGUACUGGGAACCGACUUGCUCCUGAUGUAUGACACGACCUUGAUGACUACGGCGCAUUCCAAGUUCACUGCUAGGAUUUCUUUUCUCGACUACAUAUACCGCACCUUUUGAUACCCCGCGUCGACCGCCAAUUACAGAGUACUGGGAGACUCGACGCGUUUGAUUUACCAACUAUUGGUGAGGGAGCUAGUCUCCUUGGCCGGUCCCUCUUCGUGCCCAUUGGGCGCUGUCAUUCCUUGGGAAGCCGGUGUGGUUUUCCUUAUCUUGUCUGUGAGAUGAGGGGAGCAUUUUGUUUUCUACUAGCCGGGGUUUAUGGGAGGCGGGGAAAAUGGUUUGAUUUGAGCAACUGGGAUUUACUUUUGCACUUGGGCAUCCAGACACAUAAACUGGAAGCCUGAGAUCGAGCUUGGCGCGAGAGUGGUUGAUUGCAUGAAACAAUAGAUCUUGCGAUGCGAUAGCGCAAUGAACAUCAAUGGGAAAAUGGGGGUGGACAAGAUCACAAGACGAUGGACAUAUGUCUGUCCACCUUAGAGGAGGAAGAUGUAAAUGUUUGUAAGCUGAUAGGUUAAUUGACCAGAUCGAACAAUAUCCUGAGAUUGAAAGCUGGUUCACCAUACGUCAAGUGAUAGUUAUAUUAAGAUUAGGUCUGAUCCACAGCCCUAGGCG